AUGUCAACGUCCAUAAUCCCCGACGCUCCGCCAAUCACGGACGGACAGCUGGAGCAGCUGCACGAUUUCGUGGCCGACAGCCGCCGGCUGCUGGUGCUGACUGGCGCUGGGGUGAGCACGGAGAGCGGCAUUCCGGAUUAUAGAAGCCCAGGCGGAGCAUACAGUAAGGGGUACAAGCCAAUGAUCCACCAGGACUUUGUUCGUUCCCUGUCUGCCCGGAGACGCUACUGGGCUCGCAGCUUCAUUGGCUGGCGGAGAUUUUCAGCUGCCCGGCCGGGCACGGCGCACAGGGCACUGGCGCGGCUGCAUGCGAGGGGGCGACUGGAGGGCGGCAUCAUCACUCAGAACGUUGACAGAUUGCACCACAUUGCGGGGAGCCCAGCCCUUGAACUCCACGGCACCACGCACGAGGUGGUCUGCAUGAACUGUGGAGACAUCUCGUGUCGAAGAACCUUCCAGGAAAGGAUCAAAGAAGCCAACCCUGAGUGGGCUGCAGCGGUGGAGCAUUUGGAAGAGGGCAGACCGGCAGGGCAGGAGGCAAAGUGGGCUGCAGCGGUGGAGCAUUUGGAAGAGGGCAAACCGGCAGGGUCGGACGAGUCAUUUGGCUUCUUCCCCCUUUCCCUUGCCCCCCAUUCCAUCUCUUUACUACUCGUGCAGUGGGCAGCAGCGGUGGAUCAUCUGGAGGAGGGCAAACCGGCAGGGUCGGACGAGUCAUUUGGCUUCUUCCCCCUUUCCCUUGCCCCCCAUUCCAUCUCUUUACUACCCGUGCAGUGGGCAGCAGCGGUGGAGCAUCUGGAGGAGGGCGGACCGGCAGGGUCGGACGAGUCAUUUGGCUUCUUCCCCCUUUCCCUUGCCCCCCAUUCCAUCUCUUUACUACCCGUGCAGUGGGCAGCAGCGGUGGAGCAUCUGGAGGAGGGCGGACCGGCAGGGUCGGACGAGUCAUUUGGCUUCUUCCCCCUUUCCCUUGCCCCCCAUUCCAUCUCUUUACUACCCGUGCGGUGGGCAGCAGCGGUGGAGCAUCUGGAGGAGGGCGGACCGGCAGGGUCGGACGAGUCAUUUGGCUUCUUCCCCCUUUCCCUUGCCCCCCAUUCCAUCUCUUUACUACCCGUGCAGUGGGCAGCAGCGGUGGAGCAUCUGGAGGAAGGCGGACCGGCAGGGUCGGAUGAGUCAUUUGGCAUGAGGAGGCGGCAGCAGAGGAGUGAAGAGACAAGAAAUGCUGGAAUGUCUGAACGGGAGUUGAUGGGCAUGCGGAGGCGGCCGGAUGGGGAUAUAGAGAUCACAGCGGUGGAGCAUCUGGAGGAGGGCGGACCGGCAGGGUCGGACGAGUCAUUUGGCUUCUUCCCCCUUUCCCUUGCCCCCCAUUCCAUCUCUUUACUACCCGUGCAGUGGGCAGCAGCGGUGGAGCAUCUGGAGGAGGGCGGACCGGCAGGGUCGGACGAGUCAUUUGGCUUCUUCCCCCUUUCCCUUGCCCCCCAUUCCAUCUCUUUACUACCCGUGCAGUGGGCAGCAGCGGUGGAGCAUCUGGAGGAGGGCGGACCGGCAGGGUCGGACGAGUCAUUUGGCUUCUUCCCCCUUUCCCUUGCCCCCCAUUCCAUCUCUUUACUACCCGUGCAGUGGGCAGCAGCGGUGGAGCAUCUGGAGGAGGGCGGACCGGCAGGGUCGGACGAGUCAUUUGGCUUCUUCCCCCUUUCCCUUGCCCCCCAUUCCAUCUCUUUACUACCCGUGCAGUGGGCAGCAGCGGUGGAGCAUCUGGAGGAGGGCGGACCGGCAGGGUCGGACGAGUCAUUUGGCAUGAGGAGGCGGCAGCAGAGGAGUGAAGAGACAAGAAAUGCUGGAAUGUCUGAACGGGAGUUGAUGGGCAUGCGGAGGCGGCCGGAUGGGGAUAUAGAGAUCAGUGAGGAGGAGUGGGAGAGGCACGGGGAGUUUAUUGUGCCGAGCUGUGGUGCAUGUAGCGGCGUGUUGAAACCCAAUGUUGUACUUUUUGGGGACAACCUUCCACCUGCCCGCAACCAAGAAGCUGCCCGGAUGAUGUCAUCUGCCGACUCGCUAUUGGUCGUUGGCUCCUCGCUGAUGGUGCUCUCAGCUUUCAGGAUCGCAAGCCAAUGCGUGCAAGAAGGCAAGCCGUUAGCACUGAUAGCUGUGGGGCCAAACCGCGCUGAUGGGAUUGCUGCAGCACACCUCACCACCCACUUCCCAAACCCUUCAUACCCCAACCCGUCACACUCCCCCACUCCCAUGCCCCAGCCAAUGCGUGCAUGA